AUGGCGGCGGUGCAGCUGGUGCUGGUGGGGUUGCUGCUGGCAUUGGCGGGGAUGCCGCUGGCCAUGGUGAAGGUGCUGCUCGUCUCGGGGCUGCUGCUUCAGUCGGCAGUGGCUGAGCCGUCAACGGCGCGCAACCCUGCUGGAUUACGGGAGAUGCAGCUAAGGGAGGGCGGUGCCACCUACGAACGUGCAACGGCUGCAGGUGAUGGUCGGGUCGGCAUGGGUGCUGAAUCCCGGGGCUGUUUUGUGUCCACGCGGAGAAUGUUGAAUAACACCAGUUGGGAUGAAAGGCUGGUUCCUAUUGACCUAGAAACCACGAUGGGGUCAUUACUGAAUUUCCUUGGGGAGCCGGUCACCGCAUGGAUGAAUGCGCCACAGCAUUUAUUCCGGCGUCGUCAGACGACCUACAUCAACGUCUGCAACGCUUUGGGGGCCCAGCCCCACCCUUCACUGAGGUCACAGUACAACAGUCUGCGGGAGCAAACGAAGAAGGUGGCUGACAGGUACCGUGGCGAGGCAGCUGCCUUCCGACAACAACACGAGGAUAUUAUGAAGGUCCAGCAAAAGCUCCUAUCUGCUGCCGAAGAGCUGCAGGGCGAAAUGGACGCACUGUGGUCAGCUGCUGCCGUACGGGAGCAGUCAGCUGCGCAGUUAGAGCAGAAGGAAAAAUUUGACGCGCACCAGCUAUUCCGCCAGCAGUACGAGCUGGGCACCUCAUUUACGUCAGAAUCACGCGAUGUUGAACCUUUCGCGCCGGCCUUCUUCACCACGGAUGUGGUGAAUGCAAGGACAUUGCUGGAGGAGCGCAUGCGGGAGUUGCCUGGGCCAGCAGAUCAGCCAGGCGCGGCCAUCACAGUCGCGGAUGCUCCAGACCUUGCCAAGGAUAGGGUUGCAUGCAGGUGUGCGCAAGUGAUGGAUGAACUUAUCGGUGUAGCGAAGCCGAUGGGGUUCAUCGAUCGGACACCUCCGCCCACCCCUAACCCCAGCAAGACACGUGGACUGGGCAACACGGUGGACGGCAGCAGUGCUGCAAAAGCCGCUGAGGCGCUGGAUGCGGCUGUGGACUGCCAUGUGCUCGAGGCUGUGUGGUCCCGCCUCUCCUGUGCGGCACGCCGCAAUCUUCGGGCAACAUGCCGCGCUUUACGGCUCCGCAUCGACACGGACCUGUUGCGAACCCUCGUGGCGGCGCCAAACGGUAUCACAGCCCAGCGGCUAUCGUCGCAACCGCCUCGCUUGCAGCUGCCCACAGAAGUGCUCCAAACACUGUUAUGCGCAAGCCGCCCGGUGGAUCGCGCACGCGAGCGAGCUGCUUGUGCGGCCAGCAGCCGAUUUCAUGAACCGAAAGCUGACGGCGGGGCCGAGCCUGCCUCGUCUCCGGAUCCGUCAUCUAGCUUGGCCUCGACAGCAUCUCCGACCGGUCACCUUACCCCUGCAACCGCUGCUGCCUCCACUGUCGGCCGCUUCCGCAACCUGGACGCCCUCGUCCUCGCACCACACGCCGGCUGCACCGCUAUGCCUAAGGCCUUCCUUUCCCCACCGCUUGCCCCACUGCUGGCGCCCUUCACAGCCGCUAGGGCCUCGCUAUCCCAUCUAGUUCUGCUGGACCCCCUGCCGGGACCGUCAGAGCGUGAUAUCGCCGCCAUCGCCGCCUCCUUCCCCGCGCUGGUAUCACUGCAUUUGUUAGCCUCGCCAGGACACAGCACACUCCCGGCAGUGCCAUCGCUGGGUGCAUUGCGCUCAUGUGCCCGCCUGCGUAGCCUCGCGUUGGACCUGGGCCGCAGCUCUGUACUCAGCGCGGGCUGUAGAGUCAGUCUUGGGCUGCUGACGCAGCUGACCCGCCUGGUUUUAGGGCUGGUGGACACCGAAGAGGAUGAGCGGGACACCGCCGCUGUAACCGCUGGCGGCAACGGAUUUUGCUGCUGCUGGGCCGCCCACGCCGGCACAGCACCGUGUUCGCAGGAGCGUCAGCACCCGCUGCAGCACCUCUGCCACCACCACCACCACCAGUUGUACGGGAUGUGCUACUCGCCGCAGCAGCCGGUGUCGGUGUGUGCCCCAAAGCCGCAGGGCCUUGUGCCAGCAGCUGUUAACGAAGGCUGUGGAAGCUGUAGUCUUGUCACAGCGCAAACGGAUAGCAUGGUUGCGAGCUUCUAUACAUUGGCUCGCGCGAAUUUGAGGUCGCUGGAGCUGCGGGUGAUUUCUUUCGUGCCGUAUCACCGACGACUGCUGCUUGCUGUCGCCGCCGGUGGCGCCGCUGGCAGGGCCAGUGGCUCCUGCUCCUGCUGUAAGUGCUGUGAGCGCGCCGCCUUGCCUGGCAGCGUCACCGGUGACAGCGGGCUGCAACACCUGUGCCUGAGGCUCAUGCCAUCACCACAGCACGCCGCCACGAUGUUGACGUCUUCCGCCGCCGGCGGCAGCUCAGGCCUCGGGGGCUCCUUCGGUGGGUCCGGGCUUGGCGGCGGCUGCGGCGACUUUGGCACGCCGUCGGCCUCGCUUAGCUGUGGCCCGUUGGCGGUAUGUGACACGGCGGCGGCGCCGGCGGCGGUGUUAGGCUGGGCACAACCUUCCGAGUCGGAUCUGAUGCUGGCGGUGCUGCCCACCCUCAAUGUAUUGCAGCAUCUAGAGGUUCCGGAGCUGCUGCUCACAACAAGCAAUCAGCUUAGAUGCCUCUCUGCGCUGAUACACCUGACGUCGCUUCGGAUUGGUGGUGUUGUGGCGGCGGGUGUGGCUGUGAGGCCAACGAUGCCGGUUGGCACCUCUACUACCCUAGCUGCUCCUGCCGCCAGUAGUGGUUGGCGCGGUGGCUCAGCAAUUUUGCCCGGGCUCCGUUCCCUGGUGGUGGAGGCGGAGAGCCCCGCCUAUGGCGGUGGGUCAGCGGUGGCGCCGUGGUGGUCGGUAGUGUGUCCCUCUUUGCGUACCCUCUCACUUACCCUGCAGUACGGCAACGCGCCGGGUGGACCAAUGCCCAGCACCGGGCGACACGACACACAGCCUGCGGCGGAACAGCUGGCCGCCGCGCUGGCGCAUUUGGAGGAAGUGCGGCUGAUCGUGUGUGUAGCGGGCAGGACGGCGGCGGCACCGGCGGCACUGAGCUACGGAGUCAUCGGCAGGGGUGGCGGCGCCGGCAGCGGCAUACGCGGCGUGCAGCCGCUGCGGAAGGAACUGCCCGAGAUUCUGCGGCGCUCCUGCAAUGUACGGCACCUGGAGCUGCAUGUCGCCGAUCCAGCUGAGCUGUUGUCCUGCGUGCCAGAAGAUAUCCUAUCUGCGGCAGCGGUAGAGCGGGCAGCUGCCGUGGCGACGGCAGUAGCGGACGGAAGCUUGGCCGGAGGACCCAGCAAUGAUGCGGCGUUGGUGCGAGUGACAUCUGUUGAGACGCUCAAGCUGGUCACGGCUGCGGGCUGGGACGCGGCAGGAUCGGAACUGACGGCAGGGUCGUCCUCUGCCGCUGAGGGCAUUGAGGCUCUCUUUAGUCGCUUGGUACGACAGCGCGAGGAGUCCCAGCCUGCCAUGAUGAUGCCAUUCAGACGGGUAUCGUAG